UGCACUGGCAUGAAUGCAUGCUGACCGUCACAGACGCAUCUUCCUUUGGCCUGAUGAUCCGUCAACCUAAUUUGGUCCCUCGAGGAUCCUGACGGUGGCAACGAUGAAUGCUCCCGUUAUUCAGCCAUCUCGCUGGUUUGCUAUGAAUAUUAGGUCAGUAGCUCCCCAACAUCGCCACACGGCCAUCUUGUCAUCAAUUUCGCUUUUUCAUUUUCAUCUUCUUUCCCUUCUCAUCUCCUUCGUCUUAUCGUCUUCGUCAUCACAUUCCUCACCAUUGCUUGCUUGUUCAUACUUCGCCCCCCAUCUUCCGGUGACUGCCAACGGUUCGUCUUUGCACGUUUCCACCGUCUACCUGGCAAGAAAGAGGCCAACCGUGGUGUAUAGAAAAUGAAUGACUUGUCGGGAGAGUCAGAACAUGCGCUAGAACAACAUUGUUGCAUCAGCUAGAAAAAAAGGAUCCAUGCACGUAUAGAAGGUCCUGGGCCGCUCUUCGUACCUACCAAUUCUGGCCUGAACCCAUAUUCUAAGCCACUAGUUA